AUGAAUAUAUAAUUGAGAUUGUAAAUAAACAAAAUAGAUUUUAAAAUAACCCUUUAAUAAAAUUAUUAGAACCAAUAUUAGAAUAGUUAAAGUCAAAUACCCUUGAAAAUAAUUAAACCUAAAAAAUAUAAGCACAGCAAAUCCAAAAUGUGAAGAUGCUGAUGAUUGUCCUAAAUUACCAACAUUUUUAGAGCUUAGAUUUCUAAAUGUACAGCUAAAGAAGGAGGAGGAUGUGUAGAAUUAGGGGCUAAAUGUGAAGAUUAAGUUGCUGAAAUUGGUUGUGUUAAAGAUAAAUCAGGAGUAGCAUGUUUCUGGAGUAAAGGAAAGUGCUUAGAUAAGACAUGUGACAAUGCUCCAAUUGAAUAUGUCACAGAUUAACAAAUCAAAGAUUUCAUUCCAACAUGUACAACUAAAUAAGGAGGGGGUUGUGUUACAAGAUCAAAUUGUGGAGGAGUCAUCUAAGCUGCUUGUGUGACUAAUAGUUUAGGAGGUCUGUGUUUUUGGAAUGGCACAGCAUGUGUUGAUAAAACCUGUGCAAAUGCUUUGACAACAAAUAAAACUAAUCCAAGUUGCAAAUCAUAUUUGGAUAAAUGUAUUACAACAGGAAGUGGAUGUACUGAUAGCAUAGGUUGUAGUGCUGCAACAUUUAAAGAAGCUUGUGAUAAAACAUUAACUGGAGUUCUCUGCCAUUGGGAUGAAACAGUUUGUAAAACCAAGAUUUGUGAUAAUGCUGGUAGUUCAUAUGUUGGACAUGACAAGUGUACAACAUAUAUACAUGUACAGCUAAAUCUGGUUCUCCCUCAGGAUGUUAAGACAGGACAUGCCUUUAAUGCUCCAAAAACAAAUACUACAAAUGAGAAAUGCGAAGCUUAUCUUCCAAAUUCAAAAUGCAUUACUUAAGACUAGGGAGGAUGCAGAACUAAUACAACUUGUGAAGCUAUUAACUUGGAAAUUGCUUGCAAGGCAGACAGAGAUGGCAAAACUUGUUUCUGGGAUAAUUAAAGAUGUUGGACUAAAUAUUGUACAAAUUCACCAGCAUCCAAUAAUACACACCCAUUAUGUAAUGCUUUCUUACCUACUUGCACUGUAGGAAGUGGAAAUACCUGUUUUGAUAAAACAUGUGAGAAUGUAUAAGAAGAAACAAAUUGUAAAAAUGAUUACCAGAAUAAACCAUGCAUUUACAAAGGCAAAUGCUAUUAGAAAUAAUGUGCUUUAGCAUCCAAGGAUUAUACAUCUUAUACAGAAUGCAAAACUUACUUAGAAACAUGUACUUUAGAUAAUUCAGGAUCAGGAUGUAUGGAUUUACCUAUCAAAUGUGAAGCAAUUACUUAACCUGAAGGCUGUAAAAUUAAAUAAGGAGGUGGUAAAUGUGGAUUGAUUGGAAAAAAUUGUGUAGAUUAAUCUUGUCUUACAGCUCCAUCUUCUGAUUAUACUACAAGUGCUUUAUGUGAUGGUUAUAAGACAGGAUGUGUUGUUGAUAAUGAUGGAGCUGGUAGUAUAGAUCUACCUUCCACUUGUUCUGCGAGAAAGCUAGAAGAUAAUUGUUGAAUUGGAUAAACUAGAAGUAUCUCUCCAUUAAAAUGUUAAUGGGAUAAUGUAACUGUUCCAAGAACUCCAGUUUGCAUAGAUAUUAAAUGUGAGAAUGCUCAUCUUUUGAAUGGUAGCUUAUCUUAAAAUGAUUGUUGGACUUAUUUUAGUUUGAAAUGUGUUAUUAAUACAACUAGUGAUAAAUGUAUUCCCAGACCUAAAGCUUGUAUUGAAUUAGGUGAAGCUGCUUGUAAAUAAUCAGGUGUGAUAUAUGUUAGUGAUACGUAAACAAAGGAUUGUUAUUGGGAUGAAAAUUCAACAUCUUGUAAAGAUGAAGCUUGUACAAACAUUACAUUAGCUUCCUAUUCUCAUGCUAAUUGUAAUAAUGCUAUUAAUAAAUUCACAGUUAUUGCAGGUGCAACUCCAAAUAAAUGCUAAGAUAUUGUCGCUUGUGAUAAAUAUACUGGUGAAGAUUAAUGUAAAGUUGAUACUACUGGAAAUAUUUGUGUAUGGAAUUCUACAGUGACUCCUGCUAAAUGUUAAGAUAAAUCUUGUCCAGAUGCAGAUACUUAUAAUAAUGAUGCUGCAUGUUAAGUAUUUUCAAAAAAAUGUACAUUAACUUAAAAGAAAUGCCGUGUGAAAUAAGCUACUUGUGAAGCUAUUAAAAAUUAGACUGCUUGUGAGGCAAAUACAAUUAGUAGAAAGUAAUAGUGUGCAUGGAAUGCAGGAUCAGGAGCAUAUGCGAAUGCAUCAGGAGCAUUUAAUUGCAUAAAAGCAGUUGGAACUGGAUUUACAGCUGGGUAUUGCUAAUAUUUGGAUGCUACUUGUUCUGUAAAUGCAAAUGGUACAGCUUGUAUCACUGCUUAAGAUAAUUGCUCAGGAUAUACAGGUGCUAGUGCAUAAUCAAAUUGUGUUUGGGCUGUUUCUCAUAAAUAUUGUUAUUGGGAUGGAUCAGCUUGUGCAUAAAUAGUUCCUGCAACUAAAUGCAGCGAUAUUCAAGGGGACAGUGUUGGAAUAUGCAAAACUAAAAAGAGCUCAUGUACUUUCACUACUGGAACAAAAUGUGGUCCAGACUGUGCUGCUUUUGCAGGUCCAUUCAAUUAUGACACUUGUUAAGCAUAUGAUCCUUAAUGUACAAUUAAAAGGGAUGGUUUAGGAUGUAUAAUGACAGCAGCAACUUGUGCUACUACAAAUGUAACUAAUUGUACACAUGCAGAUAAUGGAAAAUGUUAUUUAUCUAAUUUUACUACCUGCACAUUAGCUAGUGCAGCUGCAUUAAUUACUGCUGGUAACUGUGGUACAAUGACAGGAGUCGGAUUAACUCCAGUUUAUUGUAAAGGAAUAAGUAACAAUCUUUGUUCAGCAAAUUCAUAAUUGACUGCUUGUGUUGAGAAAUAAGCUACUUGCUCAUUAUAUGCAACUCCUUUUGCUGAUUGCCUUUCAGGAAUCAGUGAAGAGAAAUGUAUAGUAACUACUGCUGGUACUGGAUGCGAACCUUUUUCCACUGGAUGCAAUACUGUAAAACUCUUUAGAGCAGGAGCUACUGCAAUUACAUAUACUAAUGCAAUAUGUAAAUUAUAUGAAUGCCAAGCUAAUUCUGAUGGAACUGCUUGUGAAGAUAUUCCUCCAUCUGGUCCUGCUCCAGAUGCAACAUGUGGCAAUCACUUGGUUCCAUUCACAUACGAGGCUCGCAGAGGCCACUUAGAUACUUGCUCAGUUAAUGCAACUAAGACAGCUUGUGUGACAGCUCAAAAUGACUGCUCAGGGUAUACAAAUACGGCAGAAUGUGGAUAUUCAUUAAACUAAGGAGAGUGUGAAGUUUCAGGAACAUCAUGUGUUUAAAAGAAAUGUGAUUCAGCUGCCUCUACAGUUACUACUAAUGCUGGAUGCGAAGCAGUUUCAACAAAUUGUGUUUUAAGAGUAGGAGGAUGUUAAUUUAGAAAUAAUUGCACUUCAUAUAUAGUUGAAGGUGCUUGUGUUAAGAAUGCUAGUGGAGGUGAUUGUUUAUGGAAUCCUACAGCUGGUAAAUGUGUUGAUAAAAGUUGUAGUGCAGCAGAAGCAUCAAACAGUUUCGAUACCCAUGCUAAAUGUGUAGCUAUAGGAAAAUGUACAGUCAAAGCAACCUUAAGGAUGUGUAGCUUAUAAAACAUGCAGUUCUUAUACUCAUUAAGAGCAGUGUAAAUUUAGUAGUGAGAAGAAUGAUAACGGUUCAAAUAUUGCAUGUGGAUGGAAUGGUACUUGUGCCAAUAAGAGUUGUUUAACAGCCUAGGAAACUUUUAACACUCCUACUUUAUGUAGUAGUUAUUUUAUUGGCUGCACUGUUAAUGCAACAGAUAAUGGUUGUGUUGUUAUCCCUGAUGCUUGCGAAGGAAUGACAUAAAAUCAAUGUUAUGAAGGAUCAGUAGACAAAUCUUAAAGAAAAUGCUCUUGGGAUACAACAGAAAGCAAAUGUAUAACAAAGAAAUGUGAAAAUUCACCAAACUAUGGAUCAGAAUCAGAAUGUAAUACUUAUCUACCUGGAUGCACAACAGAUACUAUUAAAUGUAAGACAAAAAUAUGCGAAGAUUAUCCAUUAACAAAUGAUGCUUUAUGUAAAGGAGCACUCUCUACUUGUACAUCAAAUGGAGUAAAUUGUAAAAAGAGGAACUUGCAGUUAGGCAUAAGCUGAAGCAGGUUGUGUGACAGAUUCAAAUGAUAGAUAAUGUUAAUGGAUGACUCCUACAGGAUAAACAGCUUAUUGUACAAACAAGAAUUGUGCAACUGCCCCAGCAGCUUUGACAACUGAGGCUUAAUGUGUUUAAUAUUUCACACCAUCAGUAGGAACAUGUACAACAAAGAAAGAUGGAGGUUGCACAGUUAAAGGAGCAUGCACAGCUGCUAAUGUUGCUGCUGCUUGUACAACUGAUAGUAGCGGAAAUGAUUGCUAAUGGGAUGCUGAAACAAAUGGAUGUAGAUUAAAAGAAUGCAAGGAUUUUAAUGGAACAACUCAUGCUGCUUGCAAUAAACUAAGACCAGGAUGUACAGCAGGAUUAAACGGAAGAUGCGCUAAAAUGACUAAUUGCUAAGAGAUCAAAGUCAGAGCUGCUUGUAUUGAAGGUAAUGAUGGUCCUUGUUUGUGGAUUGCUAAAUAUGUUAAUGCUGAUUCUACCCUUGGAGCUUGCUUCCCUUAUGAAUCCUGCCAGAGUUUGGAUUGGACAUCUGAUAACACAUGCAAAAUGAUCUCUUCAAAUUGUACAACUGUUGGUACUGAAUGUGUUGGAAUUACUAGUUGUGCAGGCACAAAAAAUCAAAAAGGAUGUAAGACAGGAACAGAUGGAGAAUGUAUUUUUACAGUAUCAGCAAAAGGAGCUGCAGAUACAAUUUGUAAGAAGUUUACUUCAUGUUCUGAUGCAUAUUAUUUAACUCAUGAUGGAUGCAAUUCAGCAAAUUCAAAUUGUACAUCAGAUUACUUAACCGGAUGUAUUCCAUUAGCUGCUUGCUCAACCUACACUUUCAACUAAUGUUACAGAAAUAAGGAUGGACCAUAAAGAGAUGCUACUGGAGGUAUAACAUCAACAGGUAUUUGUAUUUGGGAUGAUACUGCCAAAGAAGGCAAAGAUCAAUAAUGUACUGAUCUAACUUUCACUACAGAAUCAGAAUGCUCUUCCAGAUUGAAGACAUGCACAUCAGAUGGAGUUAAGUGCCUUGUUAAAGGAGCUUGCAGUAGUUAUGGAACUUUAGCAGCAAGUAAUGUUGCUGGAGGUACUUGA